UGAGACACGGAGCUGCUCACCGGUCCUCAACUUCUCUCCCCGCCGGCAUGAGUGAACUUGUCUCCCGGAGGAACUAAGACCUGCUCCCGGCCACAGGGAUGUAAAGCACGUUGCGCAUCCUCCUGUUGGAAUGCGUCCGACAUAACGACGACAGUUCACACAGGCACUGCAGAGGAAGAUGGAGGUCCAAAGUGGCGUUCAGCAGGCGGAGCCCCGCCCUCUGGGCUCCCCUCGGUCGGGGGCCAAUCAGCAGGAUGCACCGGAUGACAGUCAGACGGACACCAGUGGCGGGACCUCCUCUGACAAUCAAAGUACAGAUGUGCAGCCAGCAGGCCAGAGAGAUGACAAAAAGCCCAGCGCAGCGGUGAGAGGUUACCACAGCAGCAAGGCAGCUGCCAUGAAUUCAAACCUCGCCUCCGACUGGACCACCGGUAGCAGUGCCGGUCAAGGGGCCUGGAGUGGCCCCUCCUUCACCCACGCAAGUCUGCAGCAUUACCUAUCCCACCAACAGCAGCCGCACCACCACCACCACCACCACCACCAGUCCACAAGCUACGCCUACUGCUCGGCCCACACAGCUCAGCCCUAUGCUCCACCCCCUCAUCCGAUGGCUCCUCCCAGCCCCAGCACCAACAGCUGCAGCCACGGAGGGGCGGAGCAGCUGAGCAAGACCAACCUUUACAUCCGAGGCCUGCCACCCGGGACCACCGACCAGGACCUCAUCAAACUCUGCCAACCGUACGGAAAAAUAGUGUCAACCAAGGCCAUUCUGGAUAAGAACACCAACCAGUGCAAAGGAUAUGGCUUUGUGGAUUUUGACAGCCCAGCUGCGGCACAGAAGGCCGUGUCGUCUCUCAAAGCCACUGGGGUGCAGGCCCAAAUGGCCAAGUCAUCUCCACGAGGAUACUGAGGGACGCCAACGGGGUCAGCAGAGGAGUUGGAUUUGCCAGGAUGGAGUCCACAGAGAAGUGUGAAGUAGUGAUCCAGCAUUUCAAUGGAAAAUACCUGAAAACCCCGCCAGGCAUCCCAGCUCCCAUAGAGCCUUUGCUGUGCAAAUUUGCAGACGGAGGGCAGAAGAAACGCCAGAGCCAGAGCAAGUACCCUCAGAACGGGAGGCCGUGGCACAGGGAUGGAGAGACUGGCAUGGCGUUAACAUAUGAUCCCACCGCGAUGCAGAACGGGUUCUACUCCUCGCCUUACAGCAUCGCCACCAACCGCAUGAUCGCACAGACCUCCAUCACGCCCUUCAUCGCUGCUUCCCCCGUUUCCACAUAUCAGGUCCAGAGCACGUCAUGGAUGCCUCAUCAACAAUAUGUUAUGCAACCUACAGGUGCAGUGAUCACGCCAGGCAUGGACCACACUAUGUCCAUGCAGCCUGCCAGCAUGAUGGGUCCUCUCGCCCAGCAGAUGAACCAUAUGUCCCUGGGCACAACAGGAAGUUACAUGACUGCUGCAGCCGCCGCGGCGCCUAUGCAAGGGACCUACAUUCCCCAGUACACUCCUGUGCCUCCAACAGCCGUCCCUGUCGAAGGAGUGGUGACGGACAACUCCCCCCAGUCUGUGGCUCCCUCAUCACAGGAGGUGGUAGGCCAGCAGCAACAGAUGCAGGUGGACAGUGGUGCCGACCAUGUUCCUGCUUACUCAUACCAGUCCAAAUAGCAACGGCCUGAGCGAGUGUUCCUGUGACAGCGUUGCCUUGAGACAGAAGGUGGCUGCACUGUGAAUGUGAGGAGAAAAAAGAGAAUAGAAAGAGAUUGCUUCCAGAUUGCCCAGGCACCAAAAAAGAGACAAUUUUUUCAUUUCCUACCUGGCCUACGAGAAAAACAAAAAAAAGAAAAAAGAAUGAAAGAAAGAAAAAACACACAAACGAGAGGAAGGAGGCGAAGAGCUGAGCGAGGGGAUGGAGACAAAAAAAAAUUGCGGGGCACAGUGCAAAGAAGUGAAAUUGUUUAGUCUGGGAUUCUGCCUGAGGGGCUGAAGCUCCAAAAGUUUCUCAAAGAAAAUUCUCAACUACCGAUAAAAAAAAAAAAAAAAAGAACAGAAAAAAAGGUUGAAUGCGCAGGUAGGUGAUGAAGUUUAUUUUGUAAUUGGAAGAGGGGGGGGAGUCAAGUUUGAGAUACACACAGAGAUUGUCUUCCUCAGAUAUUAAGCUACAGUUUCUUUUCACUCUUUUUUAUGUUCUAGUGUUUAAAUUUUAGUUUUCUAGAUAUAUUUGAAAACAAAAGUGUUUUUUCUUUCUUGAAUCUUCAUGGCCUUAAUUUGAAGGGCGCCAGGAACUUUUUACGGAGUUUAACUCCUGACGUCUGGUUAGGGGGGAAAAGAUGUAAAAAAAAAAAAACGACAAAAAAAAAAAAAAAAGAAGAACAAGGCAAAUGGGACCAGUGUCUCUCACCGUGUGGAGAGAACGAGACACUGGGCGAGUUGCCGUUAGGAGGAGGGGGGUGGGGGGGGGAAAGAAUCUAUCACAUAAGCUGUACAGAUUUAAUAGAGAAGAGCUUUUUUUCUUUUCUUCAGUCGAAGAAAACUUUGAUAAUUAUUAUGUCAGAGGUAACUAAGUGUCAGAAGAAAAACAAAGUGUCUG